CUAAAAAGCAAAGGAAACGCAGCGGUUUGACAUCCUUCCCGAUUUUGAAAGCAAGAAAGAAACAAAGUUUCACCUCUGUGAAGGACCCCACCCUUCAUUCUGAGAUCUACAUGGUUGAGAGUAAGCCUUUGAUUGAAGUCCCGAAGCCACCUUCCAAGUCCAAGAACUUCAGCAUGACCCGAUUCUUGCGUAAGAAUAAAAACCCCAGCAGCGUUACUUCCCUCCCUUUUGUGGAUGCCAAGGGGAAGAAGAACAUGGUCAACUUCCCACACAUCAGCAACAAGAUCCUGCUGAAACCACCCCUGCUGUAUCAGGAGAACCACACUCAUAAUCAGGGGCUGCCCUCUGAACUCAAGCCUUCAGAAAUACCUUUUCACUCCAGCAUUAAAACCCAAGAUCCCAAGCCAGAGGUGAAACCACCAGAAAAGCACAAGGUGCCCCUGACAGCAGUAGAAGCCCUAAAGCUUUUUAAGAACCAGCUGUCUUCAUAUGAGCAAAGUGAAAUCCUGGGCUACACAGAGCUCUGGUUCCUGGGGCUCGAAGCUGAGAAGCUCAAAGUGGCUCCUGACAAAUUCAGCAAGACAAGUUUUGACGAUGAACAUGGUUCCUAUAUAAAGGUCCUGCACGACCACAUUGCCUACCGCUACGAGGUUCUGGAGAUGAUCGGGAAAGGGUCCUUUGGACAGGUGGUCAAGUGCUUGGAUCACAAAAACAAUGAGUUGGUGGCCCUGAAAAUCAUCAGGAACAGAAAGAGAUUUCACCGCCAGGCCCUGGUGGAGCUGAAGAUCCUGGAAGCUCUCAGAAGGAAGGACAAAGACAACUCCUACAACGUGGUGCACAUGAAGGACUUUUUCUACUUCCGCAGUCACCUCUGCAUCACCUUUGAGCUCCUGGGAAUCAACCUGUACGAGUUGAUGAAGAAUAAUAGCUUUCAAGGCUUUAGUUUGUCAAUAGUUCGGCGCUUCACCCUGUCUGUUUUGAAGUGCUUGCAAAUGCUUUAUGUAGAGAAAAUCAUUCACUGCGAUCUCAAGCCAGAGAAUAUAGUGCUGUAUCAAAAGGGUCAAAUCUCCGUUAAAGUUAUUGACUUUGGAUCAAGCUGUUAUGAACAUCAGAAAGUGUACACCUACAUCCAGAGCCGGUUCUACCGAUCCCCGGAGGUGAUUCUGGGCCACCCUUACAACAUGGCCAUCGAUAUGUGGAGCCUGGGCUGCAUCAUGGCGGAGCUGUACACUGGCUACCCGCUGUUCGCGGGGGAGAACGAGGUGGAGCAGCUGGCCUGCAUGAUGGAGGUGCUGGGCCUGCCACCAGCCCGCUUCAUUCAGACGGCCUCCCGGAGACAGACGUUCUUUGAUUCCAAAGGUUUUCCUAAAAAUAUAACCAACAACAGGGGGAAAAAAAGAUACCCGGACUCCAAGGAUCUCACCAUGGUGCUGAAAACCUACGACACCAGCUUCCUUGAUUUUCUCAGAAGGUGUUUGAUAUGGGAACCUUCUCUUCGCAUGACCCCUGACCAGGCCCUCCAGCAUGCUUGGAUUCAGGAGCCACGAAACCUCAAGCCACAGCCCAGGCCCCAGACCCUGAGGAAAUCCAGUCUCUGUUUCCCAUCUGAGAUGAAGGACAAGGUUCAAGGUCAUCAUCACUUGAACAGAAAAGAUGAGACCACCAGAGAAGAGGCAACAGACAAAAUAAAAGAUAUAGCCACUAAGCAGGCUCAGAAUUCAGGUGAUCGGCAGGGUUGUCUCCAGCCUAUGGCUGAUGUCGUCCAGCUGCCUCAUCUAGCAGAAGCUUCUGGAAAGCCAGAGGCAGUUGCUGGACGAGAGGAGUCCACGACUUCCACAGGAGAACAAAGCAAAAACUUCUCCCCCAAGAACACAAACAUUUUACCACCCAUUGUAUGA